AAUCUGUCUCGUACGUUUCCGUGAUCCUUUGUUUCCCUCGUUCUCGCAACUUCACAGUUCCCUCCUUCCUCCCUCUCCCUCUCUCUCUCUCUCUCUCUCUCUCCCUCCUCUAAUCAGUGCUUCUGAAAUUCUCAACUUGAUCACCUGAAUUCUCAAGAGUUUCUCUUCAUCUGGAUAUUUGAAGAUGCCAGCUGCAAGGCCCAAUACAUCGGAUAGAGAUGGUGAACCAUUUGUAGAAGUUGAUCCUACUGGAAGGUUUGGGCGAUAUGAUGAUCUGCUUGGUGCUGGUGCUGUGAAGAAGGUUUAUCGGGGAUUUGAUCAAGAGGAAGGUAUAGAGGUGGCAUGGAAUCAAGUGCGGUUGAGGAACUUUAUUGAAGAUCCAGUACUCAUCAACAGGCUCCACUCAGAGGUUAAGUUGUUGAGAUCAUUAAAGAACAAGUAUAUCAUUGUGUGCUACAGUGCUUGGUUGGAUGAGGAGAAUACUACACUGAAUUUUAUUACUGAGGUGUGCACAUCUGGAAAUUUAAGAAACUACAGGAAGAAGCAUCGUCAUGUCUCCUUGAAAGCCUUGAAGAAGUGGUCAAAGCAGGUGCUUGAGGGGUUAGAGUAUCUCCAUACACACGAUCCAUGCAUUAUUCACAGAGAUCUGAAUUGCAGUAACAUCUUUGUCAAUGGAAACAUAGGCCAGGUGAAAAUUGGUGACCUUGGCUUUGCAACAAUAGUGGGGAAGAGCCAUGCAGCACAUUCAAUCAUAGGUACACCAGAGUUUAUGGCACCAGAGUUGUAUGAAGAGGAUUACACUGAGUUGGUGGACAUAUACUCUUUUGGACUGUGCUUGCUAGAGAUGGUUACAAUAGAGAUGCCAUACAGUGAAUGUGACAGUAUUGCCAAGAUAUACAAGAAGGUGACAACAGGAGUAAAGCCCCGAUCCUUGAGCAAGGUAACAAAUCCAGAAGUGAAGGCUUUUAUUGAGAAGUGCAUAGCUGAGCCAAGGGCAAGACCUUCAGCCUCUGAUCUUCUCAAGGAUCCCUUCUUUUCUGAAGUCAACAAUGAAGACGAGACGGAGGACCCAGAUGCAUUACAUGUCAGGUGAACCAAUGGCUCCUAUAGUUCAGGUUUGUGAUUGAUGUUUAAACCUGAAACUACUAUCCACAACUCUUCUCCUUAUUGUGAUGUAAAUAAAUAGUAGUGGUAGUAGUGUUGUUUUAGAGGGGUUGGCUUGUUUUGCUAAUUGUAUUGUGCUGUAAAUAUGUUUCAUAAGAAAUAUGUGUAAUUAAUUUUCACUAUUUUUUUCUCAA